AGCCUCAUCCCUGUCUUUGGGGCUGCUCUAUCCUUCCUUGUGCCCUUUAGAAAUAUGAAAAGAACUGGCAAUGACCCAAAUCAUACAGCAUCCACCUUCCUUCCCUAAUUCUCUUCAGAUCCAACACCCAUCAGCAGCAGACAGAAAGAAAGCUACUUGCUCCCCUUCAAAUAUUUGACAGGAAACAGGACUGGAAUAUAUCAAAGUCGUUCUCUCUCUCUCGCUCGCUCUCUGCUUGCUGCUUCAUUUCUAUGCGAGUAGCUCGAAGACCUUUCUUGAAAACCCAAAAGCAAGCUCAUCAACUAGCCAUCUGUGCGAUUCCUCUCUUCUCCUCUUUCUGACCACACGGAGAAUGCGAGAUUUUGCUGCCUGCUUCAGUGAGAAUGCUGUCCAGGUCUCGGAGGUGUCGUGCUCCCCCCACAUCUCCUCCCCCUCCCGCUCCCCCUCCCCCUCCAUCCAGAACAUGGUGACCUGCUUCUACCUGACAGAGAUAUGCGGCCAACCACGGCUGGUAGCGGUCAGUUGGUGCAAGAAUCUGAUGGGUCAGGGCCUAAGCGUCAAUCUCGAUGAUGAUCCCUCGUCUAGCCAUUGCGCGUGCAAGGUUGACAUGAGAUCCUGGUUCUUUUGGAAGAAGAGAGGGUCCAAGGCCUUCGAGGCCGGGUCUUCGACCAUUGAGGUCCACUGGGACCUCUUCUCGGCCAAGUACGGGCCAGGGCCGGAGCCCAUCAAGGGCUUCUUCGUCGCCGUCGUCGCCGACCGCCGGCUUGUCCUCCUGCUCGGCGACAUGCCGGAGGAAGCGCGAAGCCGGACCAAUUCGGCGGGUUCACUGCCUGACCCCGUUUUGGUGUCCCGCAAGGAGCACGUCUCCGGCAAGAGCCUGUACACGACCAAGGCUCAGUUUACUGGGUGCGGCCGGCCUCACGACAUCGUCAUCGAGUGCCGGGACCAGAUCGGCGAGUUCAGGGAGCCGAGGUUGUCCGUUCGGAUCGAUAAGAAGAUGGUGGUCCAUGUCAAGAGGUUGCUGUGGAAAUUCAGGGGCAACCAGACUAUAGUCGUUGAUGGUUUACAUGUCGACAUGCUGUGGGAUGUCCACGAUUGGUUCUUCAAUCCGUCAUCUGGUCAUGCAGUCUUCAUGUUCAAAACCAGAGAGAACAAUUGCAAAUCAUGGACCUCAGCAUCCUCUCCCUCAUCUUCCUCUGCUUGCAUUGUUAGCAAAUUGCGUCAUGAAGAACCAGAAUCCAGUUUCUCUCUCUUCAUCUAUGCAUGGAAGAACCAGUGAGAAGGUUCGAACCGAGUAAUUUUCUUUUCCUCUGUAGGUAAUAUUCUUUCUUCCCCUCACAGUGUCUCCCGCUCUUUCCUCUUCUGGUCCACAGUCGAUGAUGCCUUUCUUGUGAAAAAUCAAAUAAUUGCACAUUUAAUAUCAUUAAAAGAAAAGUUGGAACUAUUUGUAGAUUUAAUAUAUUUGUUUUUGUUCGAUUGGAAUCCUAGACAUGUACAAAACUCUGAGAGCGAUCGGCUUCUUUUGUA